AUGAGUUGCGACUUGAAGGACGAUCUACGGCGCUUCCUGCAUUGGGGUCCCAUCACUCUUUUGGGUCUGACCCUGGUGGUCACCUGGACCGUAAUCGACAUGAAUGCGAUGUGGUGGACGCCGGGCGAGAGUCCUGGCUCAGUGGUCAACUACAGCCUGAUCUGGUUUCACACCUUUGGCACUCUGUAUCAUUUUGUCAAGGCAUUGGGUGCCGUAGUCCGGGGAUUGGGAAGACGCUGGCUGAUCAAACAAGGAUUGUAUCACAUGGCCACGGUGCACUUGACCCCCUCAAAUCUGAUGGCCUGUGUCCUAAGUCUGGGAGUGACCACGGGCACGGGUUUGGCCAGCAUUAAGUUGCUCUACAUGCAGCUCAAGGUGAUACUCAGGAACCAGACUGAAAUCGAGAGCUGGAUUGUGAAGAAGGCGGCUUUUCGUCGCAACGCAUAUCCUGGCAACAGGAUCAGGCCAUUUGUUUUCCCCUACAACUUGGGCUGGAAGGCCAACUGCCGCGAGGUCUUCCUAGCCAGUGGCGAUGGCAUCUCCUGGCCAGUUUUGCCAGGAUGUGAUCAAUACACCAUCACCAGGGAACAACUGGAACAGAAGAAGGACAAAAGGGCUCGUACCCGUAGCUACAGGUGCAUUCGUCCUGCCACGGGCAACUGGGUGCCCAUUAUUUCACAGGGUUUGUGGACAUCCCUCAACAUUCCCUGCACCGAUGAUCCUCGCAUUGUCCUGCAGCCAGAUGAUCUGGUGCAGGUGACUCGCAUUCAGGACUAUUGGCUAUAUGGUGAGAGAGUGAGGUCGGAGGAGGAAAACAAAAAGGGUUCGAGACGAAAGGAUGCCAUUAGGGGCUGGUUUCCCAGCUGUUGUGUCCUGGAGAUACCAAAUGAAGAGUCUGAAAAAGAGGAGGACAACGAUGAAACGGAGCUAAUGGACCAGAAAUCUAAGAAGACAUUCAAAGAGAUUGCUAGUCAGAAUAAAAGGAUGCUGGAUUUGGUCAGCCCACAGGGAAAGCCAAGAAAACGACUGCGCGUCCAGUAAA